UAAUUCAUAAAAAAAAAUUGAAACAUCAUUAAAAUUGGAAAACUAAUUUAGGAUGAGAAUGUAAACUAUUUUUGAUUAAUCAACGUUUCACGAUUAAUUAACGUAAAAUACUUUUUUGUUAUGUACUACGUAUGGAAAGGAUCACGUCCUUAACAAUCGCCCCAAGUACGAUAGAUUCGAAGCUGCUGUACAAGUCAUGUGUUUGUGGCAAGUAAUUCGCGAUAAAAUUCAAACUAAAUGAGUUAAUUAAAUUGGCACAGAUAACAGUUUGAUACUACGUGCUAAUAAAAUUAGUUAUUUAGAGGAUACGAGGUUCUUUAUGGUGUUAGUUUUUUCUUUCAUCUGAUACAAAUUCACCUGCUCGAUGGAUCUAAGAGAUAAAGAAAACAUCAGUAGAAUAUCUCCGCUGUCUCUGAAAGGGUCGAAUUACCAUCAUCUAUGGUUAAGGAAUAGAGAACUAGGCCAGAAAAGUGCACCCGGUAUGACCGACAGAAUGCACAAAGAGAUGUACUCGUUUAUUCGACCAAUAGCUCGUUGGGAGAGUUCGAUGUCGUCCAAAGUAGCUGUACCAGGAUGUAUAUUUAAUUUGGAGUUUUCACCCGAUGGAUCUAUUAUGGCUGCUGCUUGUGAAAAACGUAGUGUACAGUUAUUCGAUCCGAUUUCACAAACUCACUUUCAUUCUAUCGAUAACGCCCAUAAUGAUUGCGUUAACUGCGUCAGGUUUCUAGAUUCGCGUAUGUUCGCCACGUGUAGCGAUGAUAAAACCGUAGCGUUAUGGGAUACGAGAAAUUUAAAGACUCGUAUUCGAGUCUUAAAUGGGCACGAGAAUUGGGUGAAAAAUGUCGAAUAUUCUAAAGAUGAUAAGUUACUGGUGACUUCUGGUUUCGAUGGACAAAUAUUCACUUGGGAUAUUAACAGCUACACCGAACGUGGACUUCUGUAUAAACGAGUUUUCCAAACGAAUGGGCUUAUGAGGAUGAAUUUACUUCCAGAUGCUAGUAAAAUGGUCAUUUGCACAACCGGUGGAUAUAUAAUGGUCGUUCAUAACCUAAAUUUGCAAACACUGCAGAGUGAUUUACAAGGCUUUAAGCCGAACAUGUAUAGACUGAUGCAAAUAAGUGAAACUACCAUACCAGUUGCAGCCAAACACACGCAUUUGUUUAAUAGACGUAGGGAUCGAAAUCGUGUCGAGUUUAUUACCGAUUUCCCCCCGAAAGAUGAAGCUGAAACGAUCUCCUCUUUACAGAUUCACCCUCAAGGUUGGUGCGCUCUAACACGCAACGUUACCUCAGACGAACGUUCCGAAUGGACUUGCGUUCACGAUAUUCAAGAUUCCUUAAAUACUGAUAGCGAUUCCGAAAAGGAAGACGAAUGUUCGGCUCAAGCAGCAACCUCUCACGAUUCCGAUCGAACCAACGGAGCCAGCAGCUCUAGUCCUAGCAACCCCGAACCCUUCCACAUGUUUGCUCCGGAAGUAAACACUUCGCCUUCUUCAGACCUAUGGGAAGCUCUAAUAACCAUUCACGAAUCACGUGACCGAUCAAACGUCUUAGUUAAUCUACCACCCCAUCCUACCCAUCACGAAUUCCACAACCAUAUCCGGGUGAUUCGCACGUCAUCCGGUUUAGAAGAGCAGUACAUGUACGAAGAAGAGGUCAACUCAUCGGACGCUAAUUCGUCGAGCAAUUCGAACGAUUCUUCUCCUUUCAGCCCAUCUUCAUCUCCGUACACUCCCGGUUCGGCGGCAGCUCAUUCCGACGAAGGCGAGCCCAGUGAAGGAUCCAGUUCGUACGCCAGUCACGGUAACGCGUUGCUUAUACUCGGUCCUUGGGCGUCGAACGGACGUAAUUCCAGGGGCCAACGAAAGACCAAGUUCCAAAAUCAAAUACCUCCCAAUCACCAAGUGCACCGUAAUACCAAUCGUCUGACGCAUUUUAUCGAAGAAACCAACGCCGGUAAAGGAUUCAUCAAGGAGUUGGGAUUCUCCCAAGACGGUCGCAUCAUUUGCUCGCCGUAUAGCUUCGGUAUUAGAUUAUUAGCAUUUAAUGACUCGUGUUCCGAGCUGAGUACCUGCGUUAACGAUAAACCGGUCCAGUUGCAUGAGCUGGGCACCAGUACCAUUCACAGCGAUAUUGUGCUGUGCAGCAAGUUCUCCUCUAGACAUUGUCUCCUCGCGUCUGGAUGCCAAUCCGGACAUAUUAUUUGGUACCAGCCUGUUUUGUAAAGAAACGUUUUACCCUUUGGACGUUUUCAUAGUUAUUAUCUCGCUCGAAGUGAAAUUCGCCGACUUCAAGUCUCGUUCAGUUCUCAAAUUUAUUGAAAAAGUUACCAGCAUUUUAAUAUUUUACAACUCGAUUUAAGUGAAGUAUUUUCUAUAAUUUCAAGUUAUGACGAUCUACAUAUUUAUAACGUGAAAUUAUCGGAAACUUAUAGGACUCCAAAUCUAUUUCGAAAGUCUCGAGCAGUAUUUUAAAAUUUUUUUACACUUCAAAAAUAUUAAAUAGAAUGUAAUAUUUUGGUGUAAUUAACGUUUGAUAACAUUUUCAAUUUGUAAAGUAGAAGACUGAUCAAGAAUUUAAGAAUCGAUUAUGAACAGUUUUUACCUAUCUCACAAAUUCUGGAGCAUAAAUUUCCAUUUCUGGGACUGAAAAUAGUGUCUAAAGCGUUAAAAAGAUAGGUAAGUAAUACACUCGAGCAUAAAUAUUUAUGUGAAAUUUCAUCCUCGACCCAUUCUCUAUUUUCUCCUCCCAUAUACUUGUAAUUUUUACAUUUUCGUACUCGUUCUUCGUCAAACGUUUGUACGUAUAAUUACGUGUUUUACUCUCCUUUGUUCUCCCUUCCUGUUCCUACCUCAGUAGUCCCGUUUUUCUGUUCUUCACUUCCUUCAUCUUCGUCAGCGAGUAAGUUUGCUGUUGCGUCGUGUCUCUCUUGUUUCUGGUCAUUUAUAAUAAUUAUUAACGUAGAUCAUAGUCGAAUACGUUAUUUUUAUAUUAAAUUAUCAUGUUACAGUACAAUUUUUAGUACGAAUUUACAUAUGUAUAAUGUAUAUUUUCUCUCUCUCUUUCUUCUCUUAUUACCAGACCUCACGACAAUCGAUUUUAAUUAACUUUCGUCAAGUGAGGUACAUUGGUUCUCUUUUUUUUCUCAUGAUUUACUUAUUUAGAUUUGUAUACAUUGGAAAUUUUUUUCCGUAUUUUUUUUCUCUUGUUUUGUUUAUUUAAUUAGAAGAUAUAUUUUUUUUGCGCUGUUCUAUUGGUUGUCGCUAUUGUAUAAAAUAUUAAUAUAAAUAGUUGUAUUGUA